AAUUUUGUUCCUCUUUUCACUUUCGUUUUUGGAUCUUGGCCAUUGAUCCUUUUCAAGAUGAAGAAUGAGACCAACUCGGAUUUGAAAUCCUCCGUCAACGGUGGCGUUGUUGAUGUGUAUGGAGAAGAUUCAGCCACCAUCGAGCACAGCAUAACACCAUGGUCACUCUCUGUUUCUAGUGGUUAUUCAUUGCUGAGAGAUCCUCGCUACAACAAAGGACUUGCUUUCACUGAGAAAGAGAGAGACACUCAUUACUUGCGUGGCCUUCUCCCUCCAGUGGUUCUUGAUCAGAAUCUUCAGGAGAAGAGGUUGAUGAACAAUAUCAGACAGUAUCAGUUUCCAUUACAAAAGUACAUGGCCUUGACAGAACUUCAGGAAAGAAACGAGAGGCUGUUUUACAAGCUGUUGAUAGAUAAUGUGGAGGAGCUUCUUCCUAUUGCUUACACUCCAACUGUUGGUGAAGCUUGUCAGAAAUAUGGAAGUAUUUUCAGGCGACCUCAGGGCUUAUUCAUCAGUUUAAAAGAAAAGGGAAAGAUUCUAGAUGUGUUAAAGAACUGGCCUGAAAGAAACAUACAAGUGAUUGUUGUUACAGACGGCGAAAGGAUUUUGGGAUUAGGAGAUCUUGGAUGUCAGGGGAUGGGUAUACCGGUUGGUAAAUUGGCUUUAUAUUCAGCACUUGGAGGUGUUCGUCCUUCUGCGGUAAUGGCUUUAAAGUGUUUACCUGUUACCAUUGAUGUGGGAACAAACAAUGAGAAACUGUUGAAUGAUGAGUUCUACAUUGGACUCAAACAGAAGCGAGCAACGGGACAGGAGUACAGUGAACUCUUGCAUGAGUUCAUGAGUGCUGUAAAACAGAACUAUGGUGAAAACGUUCUUAUACAGUUUGAAGAUUUCGCAAAUCAUAACGCGUUUGAUCUGCUUGCCAAAUACCGUGACACUCAUCUUGUCUUCAACGAUGAUAUACAGGGGACAGCAGCGGUUGUUCUUGCGGGAUUAGUGUCCUCGCAGAAGUUAACGAACAGUCCACUCGCAGAUCACACCUUCCUCUUUCUUGGUGCUGGUGAAGCUGGUACAGGGAUAGCAGAGCUUAUAGCUCUCUAUAUAUCGAAACAGAUGAAUGCUUCGGUAGACGAAAGCCGCAAGAAGAUCUGGCUUGUUGAUUCCAAGGGACUGAUUGUUAACUCCCGUAAAAAUUCACUUCAAGCGUUCAAGAAACCAUGGGCUCAUGAACAUGAACCGGUCAAAGAUCUCUUAGGUGCUAUCAAGGCCAUAAGACCGACUGUUCUGAUUGGUUCGGCUGGCAUUGGACGGUCUUUUACGAAAGAAGUGAUUGAAGCCAUGUCUUCCAUUAAUGAGAGACCUUUGAUAAUGGCUCUCUCUAACCCGACAACACAAUCAGAAUGUACAGCUGAAGAAGCUUACACUUGGAGUAAGGGUCGUGCAAUAUUCGCAAGUGGAAGCCCGUUUGAUCCAGUUGAGUAUGAAGGAAGUGUGUUUGUAUCUACACAGGCGAACAAUGCGUACAUAUUCCCUGGAUUUGGACUUGGUUUGGUAAUCUCUGGAGCGAUACGAGUACAUGACGAUAUGCUUCUAGCCGCGGCUGAGGCAUUAGCUGGACAAGUAAGCAGAGAGAACUAUGAGAAAGGAAUGAUAUAUCCUUCCUUCUCUUCCAUCCGGAAAAUCUCAGCUCACAUCGCAGCCAAUGUAGCAACCAAGGCAUAUGAACUAGGAGUGGCGGGGCGGCUUCCACGGCCUAAAGAGAUUGUCAAGUGUGCAGAGAGUAGCAUGUACAGUCCCACCUAUCGUCUCUACCGUUGA